CACCAAUCCGGGCUAACUAACUAACUAUAUCUGCACUAGUUCAGUGGUGAAGCCAAGCACUGCUGCCUAGCAGCCUUUCAGCCUGUGCGGCUGAAUCAAUCGCAACCACUUCAACCUUAACUCAGGUUUGGUCCUUUUUCGUGACAAGACCACUUCUUCUAUACACUGAAGUUGACCAUUUUCCAUCGUUAAAGGUGAUAAAAGGCCCUCUUAGAGAACGUCUUCACGAUUUGUCCUCCGCGCGCUCUCUGUGUCGUGUGUAACUCAAUACCCUUCGGCAUCCUUGAAAGCUGAAACAGUGCACAACGGUACGACGUCAUAGACAUGUCUAAGAAAAGGGUUGCCGGCGAAUACGGAGUGCUCGCCUAUUCAGAAUCGAAGAAAUCAAAGAUCGGGGUUUCGAAGAGUGUCCUGAAGGAAAGUUCUCAGCAGAAUUUACAAAAUGAGUCAUAUACGGUAGGCUGGAUUUGCGCCAUUACUACCGAAUAUGUCGCAGCUCAAGCUUUCCUCGACGAAAAGCACGACCGACCGGAAUAUGUGCACUCUCAUGACAACAACGACUACACACUGGGUAGAAUUGGGAAACAUAACGUCGCUAUCGCCGUCCUCCCUGAUGGUGGUUACGGUAUUUCCUCUGCAGCAGGUGUCACAAGGGACAUGCUCCACAGCUUUCCAAAUAUCAGAAUCGGGCUGAUGGUUGGCAUUGGUGGCGGUGCACCAACUCCCAAGCACGAUAUCCGUCUGGGUGAUAUCGUGGUCAGCGCCCCUCGUGAUGGGAACGGUGGUGUUUUUCAAUACGACUUCGGCAAAACGAUCCAAGAUCAGAGCUUCCAACCAACGGGUUUCUUAAACCAGCCACCAAUGGUCCUACGGACGGCCGUGAAUGGACUCAAGGCACAAUAUGAGAGCGACGGUCAUCAGCUUGAUGAGACUAUCAACUGUAUUCUGGAAGAGAAACCAAGACUGCAGAAGAAAUAUAAGCGACCCAGUCUAGAAAGCGAUCGACUUUAUCAGUCUACAGUCAAACAUCCUUCGAACAAUGAGAAAAUCUGCGCCGUGGUCUGUGGAGAUGAUCUGUCGAAAUUGAGGCGGCGAGACGACCGAGCCGAAGACGAGGAUAAUACAGCGAUCCACUACGGUCUGAUUGCCUCGGCGAACCAAUUAAUGAAGGACGCUUUACUUCGGGACAAGCUAGCGGAGGAUAACGGCGUCCUAUGCUUUGAGAUGGAAGCGGCAGGAUUGAUGAACCAGUUUCCUUGCCUAGUUAUUCGAGGCAUUUGCGACUAUUCUGACACCCAUAAGAACAAGGAGUGGCAAGGGUACGCAGCAAUGGCAGCAGCUGCAUACGCAAAAGAUAUUCUCUGCCGAAUUCCUCCAAACAAGAUCGAGGCUGAGAAGAAGAUUUCCGAUCUUCUUUUGUCUGAGGAUGUAAAUGAAAUACGUUGCGAUGUUAAAGACGCAAGGUCUACUGUACAAGACAUGUCAUUUAAGCAGAGGCGAGGAAAUAUUGAACGGUGGCUAUCGCCAUCAGAUCCAUCCACAAACUACAACAAAGCCUUACAACAACGCCAGGAAGGUACAGGACUCUGGUUCCUACAAACUCAUGCGUACGUCCAAUGGAAGACGCAGCGGAGCUCCACCGUGUGGCUUUACGGCAUACCCGGAUGCGGCAAGACAAUCCUCAGUUCCACUAUUAUUGAGGAUUUGGAGAAGACCCUUCCCCUUCCAACUCUCCUCUACUUCUAUUUCGACUUUAGCGAUGUCGAUAAGCAGACACUCGACAGCAUGAUCCGAUCCCUUAUUAGCCAGCUCUACUGCAGGUGUGAGAACACAUGGAAGCAAUUGGAUUCGCUCUUUGCCUCUUGUGAAGAUGGACGUCGUCAACCAAGACGCGAGUCACUCUGUCAGGUUCUCUUGCAAAUGAUAGAGCCCUUGGAGGACGUAUAUGUUGUGUUAGAUGCUCUUGACGAGUGUUGUACGCGGGCAGGGUCACACAACAAAGGAUUGCUCUCAUGGAUAAGAGAUCUGCUAGGCUCAGGGCAAAGGAAUGUCCACCUUCUCGUAACAAGUCGGCCGGAGCAGGACAUUCAAUCGAAGUUGAGCGACCUAGUUCACAAGGAAAAUACGAUUCCUAUCCAAAGCGAUCUUAUCAGCGGUGACAUCCAUGCAUACAUUUGCACUAGGGUCAGACAGGGUGAUGGUUUAAGGAGAUGGCGAGAACAACCGGAAGUUCAGGACGAGAUUGAGGCUGCACUUAUGCGGAAGGCCAACGAGAUGUGAGUAGAGCUUCUGCUUGUUACCUAGAGUAGCACACUAAA